CGACGCUUGCUUGUUUUUGCAGUGAGCGAGUCGGUUACUUUCUUUUUAUCCAAAUGUCGGUCACAACCCACUUUUUUUUGUUGGGCUAUAUGUACUUCAAUUCUAAAACGGGACUUCAAAUGCGUAAAUAUUUUACAGAGGAGUUUUAUAACAUUGAGAUGGUUCUAGUAAAGCGACUGGUGACUUGAAGACAAUGUUGUCAUUUAGCUAACUUAGCUAAACAUUAAUUUACUCAGAACACUUUUUAAAAGUUUGUGCACUUAUCUAACUUGAUUUUUGUGUAGCUGCCCAGUUAGCAAAUUAGUGGCUCUGUUUUACAACAGCAAAAAUGAAACAGGCUAUAAUUUUGUGCAGUUGUACAAAUGUCAUUUGAAAACUUAGCAUUUGGACGGUGAGGCGUUUUAAAUUAGGCUAUUUAUUAGGAUGUAAAUAUUUUUUUUGAUCGAGUCAGCUGAACAAGGACAGACUUGUCCAUUCAGCACUGACUCGGGAAUUGGGGAAUUUGUGCCUCAUUCACGUGAUUAAGGUGUGGCGCGCAUAGACGAGUGGGAGGUCCAGUGUGCCGGAAAGUUCUUUGCCCCGCAGUACUACUGGAACGACUUUUCAAACUGGCUAUAUGGGGCACACGUCUUUUCAUAAUAAGACGUUAAAUGGCGAGAAAGCAAUCUAUGCUUGGGGAGGAAUUUAUAUGCAGAUAAUCAUGAUUUGAAGACAAUACAAAAGAAUAGACGCCACGUUGGAGUGUAGCACAAUGGUCGACGUUUAUUCCUGAGGAAGGAGAAAAAAAAACUUUUUAGCAUCAAGCCGCUUCGUUUAACGUUGUGGAUCGCAUAGCCUUUUAGAAAAAAAUCUUUUUAUUUACACAUACGGAUAUUUAUUAUUUAAUUUGUGUUUAAAUAAGCAAGAACGUGAUGGCUUAUUCUCAGAUCCAGUGCUUGGAUGACAACCAUAUAAACUGGCGCAUGAACGAGUCUAAACCUGAGUUUUUCUACAGCGAAGACCAAAGACUAGCCCUGGAGGCUCUCAUUCAGGAAGGUCGAGAUGCGUUCGAAAAGUACAUCCAGACAUACAAAAUUCGGGAAUUUCUAUCAGAACUCGAGUUGGAGAAGUUGUUAAGAACCGCGGAGGAAUACAACCCGGGAUCCGAACAUACGAAAGGAGAAGGGGUCGCAGAGGGCGAGGACGGAGCAGUGUCCCUACAGUAUUGGCCGGAGCGUUCUGACAUCUCGAUUCCGGAUCUGGACAUGGGAUGGCCAGACUCCACGUCCUACAGAGGAGUGACACGGGUCAAUGUGUACACACAGCCGCCAAUUGAGGGACAUACCCACAUAAAGGAAGUGGUUAGGAAAACAAUCGCUCAGGCGCAAAAGGUUAUUGCAGUGGCUAUGGACAUGUUUACGGAUGUGGACAUAUUCAGAGACCUGCUUGAUGCCGCUUUCAAGAGAAAAGUGGCCGUGUACAUCAUCGUGGAAACUAAUGGAGUGCCACACUUUCUUAGCAUGUGCGAGAGGGCUGGGAUGCACCGGGGACACCUAAAGAACCUAAGGGUCCGGUGCCUGAGUGGAACAGGGUUCUACACACGGUCAUCAAGGAAAGUGCAUGGGUCCCUGAGUCAGAAGUUCAUGUUUGUAGAUGGAGACCGAGCUGUGUCCGGGUCAUACAGUUUCACCUGGACUGCCUCCAGGCUGGACAGAAACCUAAUUACUGUGCUCACAGGCCAGGCAGUGGACACCUUUGACAAACAGUUUCGCGAACUUUACCUGGUGUCCAGGGGUGUGAACCUCAGCAAGAUCAAUCUUGAGGAUGAGCCUGAGCCCGAGCCCAUCCCACAGGCCACACCUAAACCUCCCCCUUCCGCCGCUGUGGCGCGCAAAAUGAUCAACCCCAAAUAUGCGUUGGUCAGCAGCAAUGUUGCUGAGACCGGCAGUAAGACAUCCUCAGACAAGAACAGUGCUAAAAAUAGUAGCUCCCUGAACCCUAUGGGAAAAGUCCUGCGACGCCCAAAAGAGAAAGUGGAGGCCCCCCCACUUCAUCCAGGGCUUAUCCAUCUGGAGCGAGCUUACUUAAUUCCCUACCUUCCUACCUGGCCUGAACCUGACCCGCCCAGUGAUGUCAUCGGUUUCAUCAACAUCCGCGACAAUAAAAAGCCAGUGCAAGUGCACCUGAUGCGCUCAGAGAUGUUUGAAACCUCACAGGCUAUCCGAUUCAAGGAUCCCUUUGAUGCUCCCAAGGAGGAUCUGCCUGAGAAGGCCAGGCUCAGAAAGCAAUCUGAAAAUUCCCCAGUCGACGCCCCAAACGUCCAGAUACAGCAGAACACACAAAUCGACCCCCAGAAGACCCAGGAUGAACCAAGGGAGAACCUGCAACCUUUGGACGAAAAGCGAACCCCACAGAACAAUCAAGGAAGGGAGGAUAUAGUAUCCCCACCGGUCCCAAAACCCAGAACUGUUCAGCUGGUCAUCAAUAGCGCUGACUGUAAAGAUGGACCCAAUGUCACCCUAGUGAAGAAACCCUCCAUGGAAUCUACAACACCACCAACUCUGCAAGUCCAAAAUCCUGAUCCUACCUCAGACUCAAAUGAGCACACAGAUUGCCCUGGCAAUGCUCCCAUCUCAGUCACAGUGUCAUGUGAGCCCCCAGCAGAAGAUGCAGGGGAAGGAGGCACAGAUGAGGAUGAUCAGGGGUUAGAGAUGAGAGCUAUCGGAAUGGAUGCUUACAGCAACGAGGCCGACAGCACUAAGGCAGCCCACGGCCAUUCCCCCAGGGCCAACUCCAAUGGCUCCACACCAUCAGAGGAAUACUUUGAAUGCAAUGAUUCCGACAAUUCAGAAUCUAGGCUUGAACUCCUAGCUAAUGGCGGGACUACUGGUUCAGGGCGUUUUGAGGACCACAAACACUCCGAUGGGCUGAAUGUCAUGGCCAGGUUUUCCCAGUCCAUGCUGGACUUGCGGCCGGAGGAACAGCUGCAGCAGGAGAAGACACACCGCCAGCAAGAACCAGCAAAUUUUCAGUUGCCACUGAAGAGGAGCCAGAUGCAGGUGCACCAGAGCAUGCCUUUUGGCAAUGGAAGGAAGAUGGAUCAGACCGUAUCCAGAUCCCCAGCCAGCAUCCUUCGUAACAACUGGGAGAGCCAGGGACGGGCAGCAGCUAAAGUUGUGAUCGCCAAGCCUGGAAGCUUCCACCGCCCCAGAAAGACUGCAGGGCUUGUGAUAGGAGGGCACAAGUACUGGCAGGGCAAGCUGUUGAACCAGGACAAAUUUCCCGCCAGGCACAGCUCCCCAAGCAGACUGGCUCACAUGCAGCCGGGCCAGUCUCGGCCUAGCCAUUCCCCCAGCCGCCACAGCUCUCCACACAGGACAGAAGCCCUCCCGACUCUGGCCAGCCAGACUCCCUUUGGCAUCUCCUUUGCCAAGUUGUCCCAGGUCAAACACCUGAAAGGGAAGAUCUCAGGGAGCCCGCUGCAGAAGAAGACGCAGCUGGGACAUAAAUGAGCUACGAGCCCUCUCUGCAUGACCCUUCCACCUCUCCAGAAACAAACCAAUUGCUUGAAUUGCUUGAAGCUCUCUCAUGUGCUAUGAUAGGGUAUCUACUUUUUCUUUACACAGUGGAUGAUAUUUAUACCUUAAGAUUUAAGGUGUGUCUUAAAUUUCCCUCCUUUCAGAGGGGUGUCCUUUCCAGGCUACCAUAUUUACACUGCCUUGACUCAUAAUGGAAGAGUGUGGCCGUCUAAAUUGUGGAAUCUCUUUACGUGCAUAGCACAAAUGCUGCGGGACUCAUGGAGGUCUCUCCCUCUAGCCUUGGGAGACCUUCUCUUAAUGGGUGCUUUUUAAUUUAGCAAAACUAUUCCCCUCUUCCAUAACCCACAAAAGACUGGAUAUAAUUAAUGCAGUAUUUUUGUAAGGAUUCUCUUGCCUGGUCAGUGCACCAGUACCACGUUGCAAGGAUGAUGAGACCCAAGGUCAUGCCAGGCCAGGGCAGGUCUCCCACCACUGGGUCACGGAAGAGAUGCAUGGCAUCAGCACGGGGCAGGUGGCAUGUGGUAUUGGGGAUGAUCUUUGUUGGGAUGGCCUGCAGGUAUACCCCCUCCAGGUUGCUGUAGCCACCAAUCUUGUCAAAAGCUGUAAAGGAGAAAUACUGAUGUAUCACAGUAAAAUGUGGAAGACCAUCCUUAGCAAGCAGGAUAGGACCAUGUGAAGUUGCUUUCACAUGUAUUUGAAAUAAUGUUUUCUUCUUCAUCGCUUUUAAUCUUAAGAUCAUGCUCAACUAAUUAGAUGAUUAGUUUUAUGCACACAGAGCUCUUAAUGAGGUCAAUUGUGACUCUGGGGGACAGUUAAUCUUAAGCAGAAAGUGCAACAUUUGAGCUUUUACAUCAUGGUGCAUUGUGGGUAAAUAUUUCCAUUACAUUUAUAUACUGUGAAAGGAUUGUUUGUCCAGAGGGAAAAGUUGUUUUCAUAAGAUAUUAGUGAGAUAUGGACAUUAAGUGUGUGUAAUUGACGUUAUCUUACCUUGCCACAGGAAUUUUCAAAUAACCUCUAAUCUAGUUCUCAAAGCCACCAAGAGGGAAUGUAGGCUGGUUAGAAAUAAGAGGCUAAUUUCUCAAUUGGGGCAGUGAAACAUGUUGUGAGAUGAGCUUGUUUGAUGAGAAACAGCCAGCUACAACCAUUAGAUUAUGCUAUGUUGCUGUAUUUUAAUACCAUAUUAACUUUCCAUGGAAGGAAAGCAGAGAAAUCAGGGAAAGCCUCUGUUACUCAAACUCAUUUUUUUUAUCUAGAGCAACUGACAGAAAGCCUAACAUUCCAGACAUCACUCAGGAAAUAAUCCUUAGAGUGCCACUUCUCCAUAGUACAGAUACUGUAUUAACCUACUAACAUUAAUCUCCUUUUUGACCUGCGGUACUUCUAAAGUACAGCGUUGUUGAAAGGGUGUGUCUGCCCUCUGGUCAUUUAACCACUGUAAAAUGAUAAUCUGAGGCACACCUUGGACAACUUUCUCAAGCCAAGGUGACGUUAAAAGAACCAAAUGUUUACAGUGCAGUUGCUGCAGAGGCAAACAUUGGCAGCAGAAAAGUCUUAUUUAAAGUUCAACAAGUUUUAUUACUCUUUGAUGUUCAUAUCAUGUUAAAUAAAAUGUGAUGCUGAAA